CAACCUCGGCCUGGCCUGGUACCAGCUGGGUAUUCAGAAACCGCUCUGGCUGAGCCUCGUCGACGGAUGGCAGGACAAGCGCUUCAGCAUGUACUUUGCCAGGCAGAAUGACUCGGCGUUCGCCCCGCCAAGCUUCCGAUCUCAGAAUGGGGGCGUCCUCACCCUGGGAGGACUCAACACCGACCUGUUCGUCGGGGAGAUCAACUACAUCCCUUUGUCACGAUCGACGGUCCGUAACAACUCUCACUUCUUCUGGGAGAUCCCACUCGAUCAUGCCGAGUACGGCGGGCGCCAGUUCAGUAUGAGCACAGUUGCCAUCGUCGACACGGGCAACCCGUUCUCAACAGUACCCGCCGAUCUGUUCAGGGCCAUCUACGGAUCGCUCCCGGGUGCUGUUCUCUCUAAGACGGAUGAAGGUCGUUACACCUUCCCCUGCAGUUCAGCAGACGCCCAGCUUCGGCCCCUGACGGUGACGCUCAAUGGCCUCCAGUACACCAUCCCUCCCGAAGACCUGGCCUUCCGUACCUCAGCGUCCAGCGAGACGUGCAUAUCUGGACUCGAUCCAAUGGAUGAUAGAUACCCGUGA